AUGAAGUUCUAAAUUGAGAUAUAUUUGAAUUCUACUAAGCCUGGGAAGCUCCAAGGUUUCCCUCUACCUAACUUUCUUUUACAGCUUCUCCUUCUGGGUUCCCUCUCCUCUACACGAGUGAGUUAUGGAGAAAGGGCGCAGAUAGCCUUCAAGCAUCUCUUCCUGCAUCAAUGGGAUCCGCAGUAUGAGACCCUGCCUUAUCCACCCAGUUCAGGGGCUUAUGCACUUUACUCCCACGAGGAGUUCUAUGAAGCUCUGGGAUUCGCUAUGCGCCAAUACAAUCGUACUGAGGCUGUAUCUCUGAACGGCUACACAUUUUUCAACAAAAGCCGUCCAUUUACAGCUUGCCUUGUGCAGUUUGAUGAAAUCUCUCGGUCAAGAGCUCUCUCUACAGGGGAAAUUUCUUCCACAUGUCGAACAUUCAACUUGGCAGACAUACCUCCGAAAGCGAUUGAUGAUUGGAAUCACACCGAGGCAUUCUUGAAUUCACAUGGUUUGAUCAUAGACUUUUCAAGAUUUGCUCGAUUUUCUUUCAAUUUCUCACUCCUAUCGCCACCUAUCCAUCAUUCGGAUUGGGAUAUGAGCAUUGAAUGCUUUCAAUUCACUAUAUUCGUUAAUCUUGAAAAUGAAGGCCAAACAGGGCAAAUAGUUGUAAGCCUAAAAUCUGAGCCUAUUGAAGUCAGUUGCUUCCCAGUAAAUGAUUCUCCGCAGGAUGAAUCUCUGACUUCCCGACGGAUUGCUCAUUUGAUUGUAGACCUUUUGGCCUUCAAUGUCUCCUUUAUAUCACUUAUUAUGAACAUAAUUUCGAUUAUACGGGGUAUUCAAUUGUGGCGAAGAACAAAAAGAUUCUUCUCCGAACACUAUGGGAUCCGCUUGUCUGGCCUAUUUUACCAAUUUGUGAGCCCUUGGACAUUCUGUAUUAUAAAGGGUGAUUUGUUAAUUAUUGGCGGUUCAGCUUCAAAACUCGUCUUCAAUGGUCAUAUACUGGAUGCCUACGCUGAGUUAGCCUAUAUGCUUGGCUUAGGAACCCUGCUAGUAUGGCUAAGUGUUCUUCGGUACAUUGAGAUCUCAUCUCAGACUCACCUUCUCCUAAGAACCAUCAAACGUUGUGUUCCCAGCCUCUUCCGUUUCCUAGCCUGUGCACUUGUCCUCUACUUUGCAUUCGUCUUUCCCGCUUGGGUCAUUUUGGGUCCAUUUAAUAUGAAAUUCCGCUCGUUCAUCUCAACUCUCGAGUGCCUAUUUAGUCUCAUUAAUGGAGAUGAUAUGUUUGUCACCUUCUCCAUCAUUGAUCGCAGCAAGGGAAUCGGCAUCUUCCUAUUUUCGAGAGUAUUCCUCUACGUCUUCAUUACACUAUUUAUCUACGCUGUUCUGAACAUAUUUGUGACGAUCAUAUUUGAGUCAUAUGAAGAAGUCAAGGAAGGUCAUUGCCCAGAGUGCGAGGGAGUGACAAUUCUCAAGCGUUUUCUCUCCCACCAAGGGAAUCAUCUUGACAAUUUGCAGGUAGAAUCCCAGAGACGGCCAUCCUGGCGUCGGCUUUCCUCAUCAUCUUCCACCUUAAGUGCAGAGCUUGCUUCCGCUGCUGCAGCAACCUCCAUGUUUAUGGAAAGCUCAUCAGAAGUUGGAAGCCCGCCUUUGAGCAGACCUAUUCA